GCAACUCCGGGCCCGGGGCUGCGUCUCCUCCCUAGCGCUGUGGGCAGGGCCGGGCCGGGCCUCGGUGCGCAGCCUCGCUGGGUGAAGGGGGCUGGCAGGGUCCUGCGGGACUAGCUGGUUGCAAGUCCCCAAUGGAGAGGCUGGUUUCCAUUCUCAGUCAGGCCCUGGAAGACUGUGCUGAGCAAAAGAAGAAGCUAGAGGACAAUCUAACCCUGUGUCGGGCCCUUCUUGGAGACUGGAAAGUGCAAACUCCUGAGAGUCCAAAGCCAGAGAAUGGCCCAAAGAGUGACCAAGAGAGUGAGCCUUCACCCAAGGAACUGGAGCAGCUGGAGCUGUUGAACAGAGCCCUGGAGAGAGCAUUAAGAGUCCGGAAAAGCACCCUGCGAAAUCCUUUGGGGGCCCUAGGAGCUGCAGAAGGAAAGAAGGGAGCAGAGAAGAAACCUGCUACCAGCACUGUUAGAAUGCAGCAGGCACCCUUGUCUAAAGAGAGUGUCCCUAAGACCAUCAAGGUGACAUCUGUGUGCAAAAAGGCUUCCUCUUCCAAAAAGCUCUCAGCCUAUAUGCUGAAAGCUCCCUACAGGACUGAUCCUGUGAAAGCACCAACCAGUCACAGCUCCAGGGCUCCAAAGGUGGCUGGGAAGGGCUCGACUAAAGGGGCUGCCCUCCAACAAGUGAGGAAGACUGUGCCAGCUGCCAGUGUUAUUCAGCAAGAGUUCUGUGCUGCUGCAGAACCAUCUGGCUCACCCAGCUCUCCCCUGCACCAGCAGCAGAGCUGUUCUUCCUUUGGAGGCUCUGCUAGUGGCGAAAACUCGGUAGCUGUCAUCCUACAGGGAGUCGAUCCAGAGAAUGAUUGUCAUGGUUCCUUGGCAGAGUCUCUAGUGACACAGAGCCAUACAGCAGGAGAUAUCCCCAUGGGGAGUACCACGGCCUGCACAUUCACUCUCCAGGAAAAGGGGUCUUUGUUGAAGCUACCGCUUCCCUAUAGGAAAGCCUAUUCCAGGAACUUCAGACUGUGGGAGAAGUGUCAUCUGUGCCAAAGCAGCUCAGUCACAGCUGCUGCAAGGAGUCGCUUUCUAGAGAGAAUGCAGGCGACUUUUUGUUCCUCUGCACCAGCCUUUAGUCCUGCAGAGAUAGAAGAGGAGGUGAUGGUCCUGCGUGAUGCACAUUCUCUCCUGAGCCAGUACAUGGAAGCUGAGACCACAGGCCACCCAACGUGGGAGAGAGAGUAUGAAUGUCUCCUGACCCUGGAAGGCCUGCAAGACACAGCAUCCCAGUGUCUGCACAAGCUGCAGCUGCUGCAAGCAGCUGCGGAGUCCCAGAUGGUGGUACACCCGGCAGACUGUACUCACUGUGUGGGGACCUCCCCUGCAGAUUGCGCUCCACUCAGAGGACGAAGAUGCGGGGACACGGGUGUCCUGGCAACACCUCUCCUUUUUUACUCCAGCUUCCAGGAGCUGAGGGACAUGGCUGCCUUGAAACUGCAGGUGCUGAUGCUGCGCCAGCAAAUCGAUAUACAGAAGGUCUUGAUAGCUGAGCUUCUCCCCAUUCUGGAAUCCAGGCUCCCUCAUGAUGAUUCUCCAUCUCAUCUGUACCGCUCAGUUUACACCCAACUCUGUGAAGGAGGCGAGCGAUUCCCUGUGCUGAUGAAUGAUGAGCUGCCAGACUGACCCUGAAUCCAGCCUGCUGUCUUGCCGGCCGUCCCCACGCCCAGAGAGAGAGAGCCAAGAAAUAAACUUUUCCUAGUAAUUUUUUUCCCUCUGCCCACUUGUCAAACAAAAUAAUUAAAUUUCACACUGGUUUCUAACUCCAUUUCUCUUUUAAAUCAUCCAGUCAUCUUCUCUACCUGAUAGCUGAGGGGUUCUGAAGACAAGGGCUUUGAAGUACCACUACCCUGGGGCUUACCAUCCAAUGGGUUACCAUGAAUAGUGCAGUCCUUUACCUGGAUCGCCUCCAACUGUGAUCCUGUCUGAUCCACCAAGCUAAGAAGGGCUGAGCCACAUGGGUGCUUAGAUGGGAGAUGUCCAUGGAAAACCCAGAUGCUGCGGGAAGUAGUGCUGCUGGAAUGGAUUGCUAGGUGGUGCUCUUCCCUCUCAGUACUGAACCAGUACUGUGUGGUGCUGGAGGAGCUGUCUUUCAGAGACCAACCCAGUGUCUGGUCUAGUCCUAUGGCACUUGUCUAAGAAUAGUAGUUUUGACCCUGGUGUCCUGGCCAAAUUCCAACAUGGGUAAUUGCAUUCUACCUCCCUAGCUCCCCCUUGUAUUUUGAAUCAUAUGAUAUUCUUUCCUUCUGUCAAGGUUCCUCCCCCUCUCUGAACUUUAGGGUACAGAUGUGGGGACCUGCAUGGACACUUCUAAGCUUAAUUACAAGCUUAGAUCUGGCAACACUGCUGCCAGCCAGAAUUCCAGUGUCUGGCACACUCCCUGUCCCCCAAAAACUUUCCCCUCCCUGGAUAGCCUUGA